AUGGGGAAUCCGAUCUCCCCCACUGUUGCGGAUCUGGUCAUGGAAAUGCUCUUGGAAAACGUCAUCAAGGAGAUACGAUACGAGAUACCUGUCAUAAAAAAGUACGUGGAUGAUCUUUUUCUUGUUCUACCAGCAGACAAAGUAGAAGAGGUCCUCGGCACAUUCAACCAAUAUAACAGCAACCUGCAAUUUACCUGUGAGAUAGAACAAAAUCAGCGACUACCAUUUCUCGACAUGGUUGUAAUACGUCAACCAGACCAAUCAAUCAAAACUGAGUGGUACUGCAAACCAAUGGCAUCAGGCCGCUUCAUUGACUAUUUUUCAACCCAUCCGUUACAUAUGAAGACGAACAUGGUUACCAACUUCAUCCGUCGAGUGCGAGAGUUCAGUACAAACCUGACUGAGGAAGCUACAAACGAUAUAAUCAAGCAGCAGCUAAAGAUCAACCACUAUCCCACAACAUUCAUUCACCGUUGCCUAAACACCACCACAUCGCAAGCCGUUGUCGUUCCAGCACAAUCACCCGAAGCAAUUAUUUACAAACCGAUAAUCUACGUAGAACAACUAACCAAUCGAUUGAAAAAAACGUUUCGGACGGAUUUCCCUAACAUCAUUUUGGCAACAAGAAACGAUUUUAGUGUUAAAAGACUGUUUACCAACACAAAGGACAACAUUCCAACGCAGAUGAAAACGAAUGUUAUCUACCGCAUACCGUGCCGGGAUUGUCAAGCCAGCUAUGUCGGAUUAACUUCAAAUCAACUAAAAAAACGCAUCAGUAAUCAUCGAUCGAACAUCAAACAGAUGGAAGCGCUGAUCGAUGUAACAAACCGAAGUAAUCCAACUACUUCGCAGCCGGUUAUUAGAGUACAGCACAAUUACAAGGCUAGUGAAACGAUCCUACUGGAUUCUAGCAGCACUACCCAGCCGAGAUUCGAAUAUACGACGACUGGCUAG